CAGUGGCAGGAAGACUCCUCGAUGUACGGCGAGGCCUGGUCACCGUACACGCCCACGCAAGAGGAGAUCUCCUCCUUUGCGUCGUCCCCUGCAUCGUGGUGGAGCUACUCAGACGAGGCUCCGCUGCCACUUGGAGGCAUCGCCGAGUACCCGGGCUCGGGCUACGUGGCGACGCUGGGCGACAGCCUCGAAGACGCCGCCGACGUCAUCGCGGGUCUCCGGCGGAUGUCAUGGGUCGACUCUCGCACUGCGGUCGUCUUCGUAGAAUUCUGUGUCUUCAAUGCGAACCUCAACCUGUUUACCACCGUCACCAUGGCUACCCGCUUUGCUUCCGAUGAUGACGACCUCCCCUCCCACCGAGUCCGCGUCUUCGCCAUUCCCCCGGCCUUGUCGUCGUGGCUGCCAGCAUGCGUGCUACUGGUGCUGUUGACGCUGGUGAAGGCGGCGCGCCAGCUCUUCCACUCGCUGAACCGCGACGGCCUGGCCGGCCUGCGCUGCCCAGUGCUGUGGCUCGAGGCGGCCGCCUGCGCCCUGCGCCUGCAGCUCGUCGCCGCGCACUUCCAGUGGGUGGACGCCGCCAAUCGCGCAAUCAGCACCAUCGCCACUGGCACUGGAGUCUUUACAAGCUUCCAAGAGGUGGCGUUUUACGUCGAGCUGCUCCGCUUCUCUACGGCAACGCUCGUCUUCCUCGCCCUGCUGCGCGUGCUCACCAUCGCCGGCGCCACCGUUACCCUCGCCUGUCUCGGCCGGGCACUAGCAGUUCGUGUGCGCCGGCUCCGGGGCUUCGGCGCCAUCUGUGCCUCCGUGGCCUGCGGCUCCUCGUUCUUAAUGUGGGCCCUGCUCGGACACCGCCUUUACCAAUUCCGGCGGUUCAUUGGUAGCGCCGGCGUCGUUGUGGCCGCACCCGCGAUCCCAAGCGCGCGGGACCUCGGCAGAAUCGCCGGCGCUCCAAUGGAGGCUGCGGCGCGGCUGGCGCUGGCAUUCGUCUUUCGCCUCUUGAUGCCGAUGUGCGCGUUUGUGGUGGCGGGGGGAGGGGUGCCAUGGGCGGGCGAGGCAGGCAGCUCCGAAGCUGUUGGCGCAAGUGACGUGCGGGAAUACCUGGGGAGCGUCGUCACGUCUGGCAAGGCCGCCGCGGUGAAGUUUGUGACGGCAUGCAAAGGGCGCAUGGGCAGACGGGGCUUUUCAGAUUCAGUACCGUUUCCAACCGGAGGAUCCGAGCCGGAUAGGUGUGGGGCCAUCAGGGCACGGGUGGUUUUUCCACUGGAUAUUUAUCAUGCUGAGCCUGAACCGAACCACGCUACGCUGGCCUCACGAGAUAUUUGAAUCUGGCCCAGGGGUGCAGGUGUGGGGCCAAUGAGUAGUUCAUUGCAUGCGAUGUCAGCACACAACUCAAAUAUGGCGUCGCCACUUCUCAAUGUAUGCAUUGCAUGUGUAAUUGUCACCAAAAUUUUGUCCCUGAUUGAAGUGUUUGCUGACAAGUCAGCAUUCAUUUGUAGGAUCAAUCUCCACCGAUUGUGUUUAUCCCCACCUCGCUGCCCUGUAGCUCCGUCUCAUUGAGCAGCCUCAUCCAGGCACACGCCCACCACCUGCGGUAUUGGCCGACCGUAGAGAGCGAGCAGUGCGGAGGCUAAAUAUUAUUUAUUUCGUAUUGCAGCUUCGUAUAAAUAAACUGCACUGGCCAUACUCUGCAACUCUGCGCAGCCAGACCAUUGACGAGAAGGGAGGCAGAACUCAACACAGAGGCAUUGCACAUCCACGAGAGUAGUAGCAGAUCGGUUACACACAUGACGUCAGCCAGUAGACUGAGGACAUAGCGUCAUGUUAUCUGUGCCCGACUCGAUUUACAUGAUGUCGGCAGAAUGAUCUCGGCUUCUUCAGUGGAAAAACAACCUAGCCCCUCCUGGGCCGUGCUGGACUGGUUCAGCAGGCCAAACAACCCUGAUGCUUGGACAAAGUGGGUGUCAGACCCAUAUUUACUUAUCAUUUAAAUUCUUGAAUAAUUAAGCAAAAUCAAAUAAUUACUUAUUUCAUGGAAAAACAUCUCAAGGAUUAAAAUCCACUUACAAGAGGUGGCCGGGUUUUCUCAGAGGUCAGAGCACUUAGCUGGCGAUGAUACGAGUUGAGGUUAGCAUUGGAUUUUUAACUGAAUAUAUAGUGAGCCAAACAAAUUAACUGGUGAUGCUGCUGCAUUUGCAGUGAUACACAAGCCCAAAUAUCAAAACACGUGUCAAUAACACUAUGGCCUUAAAUGAAAAAGUAAACAAUACGUAUGUUGUGCAAUGCCCCUUCUUCAUAGCACACAGAGGCCAGAGAGGUCACCUCUCCUGUGAAGAAGGGCCAUUGCCCCAAACGUUGCCAAUUAUAAACUCUUCCGUUGAAAGCAGAGUUAUUGACGAAUGUUUUUUGUUUAAUGAAUGAGUUGUCACU